AUGAUUGCAUUCGUUUCAAUUCUCCUAGCUUCAUUCUUGGCUCCAGAAGUUUUUGCAGUGAUUGGUGGAGAUUUGAAUUGCACCAGCUAUAACGGAACCGCGGUGAACCCACGCCUCAACUGCGCCACCGUCACUCUCUCUCAAUGCAACUCUGUCGCCUGGCGAACCAUCAUCGCUCAAGACUGCCCAGCUUCCUGUGGAUUCUGUCUCUCCGGAGGAUGUGUUGACGCCGUCACCAACUGCGGUAACGACCUCUCCAUCUGCACCACCGUCGGCAUGCAAGACUUCGUCAACACCUACUGCCAAAGAACCUGUGGAAGAUGCCCAUCUAGCACCACUUCUGCUUCUUCUGGAACUGCCACUACCACGGUGACAUCAACUUGCUCAUCUUAUAUUGCCGACUCAUCGACUAACUGUGCUAACUGGUCCAGAAACGGCUUCUGCACCAACACCUUCUACACACUUGCUCAACGUAGAGCCAGAUGUGCCACCACUUGCAGAAUUUGUUAA